ACAGAUCAUUUUGCUUUGUGUUCCUUUGUAGGUAUGCACCUCGGGGGAGGGGGGUGAGCCUCUGACAGUGGCGGUGAAUAAGUGAAUAAGGAAGUAUUUGGGGAAAUCAUUAACCAAGCUAGCAGUUAAAAGGCAAGGACUGGCAGAGAGUCGAAUCAAAUGACAAGAGCAGUACUGCAAGACGGUGAAAUGAAAUCAGACACUGGGAGAAACUCUUUCAGAGCCUUCAUCAAGGAAAGGAAAAUGGGCUUGAACGACUUCAUUCAGAGGCUGGUAUCGAGCCCGAACAUGUGUCAACAUUCUGACGUUCGAGUAUUUUUGAAAAUCAACAAAAACCAGAAUGAGGAAGCAGAAGACCAAAAUAAUUCUCCACUAUGUCUUGAUUCCCAGAGAAGCUCACUAGCUGAGGAGACCCAAGUUAAGCCAUCUGACUUCGACUACCUUAAAGUAAUUGGAAAAGGCAGCUUUGGGAAGGUUCUGCUGGUCAGGCACAAGGAGAACUCAAAGUACUAUGCGGUGAAGGUCCUGCAGAAGACAAUGAUCCUGAAAAAGAAAGAGCAAAAGCACAUCAUGGCCGAACGAAGCGUCCUGCUCAAGAACCUGAAGCACCCCUUCCUGGUGGGGCUCCACUUCUCCUUCCAGACCACAGACAAGCUGUACUUCGUGCUGGACUACGUGAACGGGGGAGAGCUCUUCUACCACCUGCAGCGGGAGAGAGUGUUCCUGGAGCCCCGGGCACGAUUCUACGCAGCCGAGAUGGCCAGCGCAUUGGGCUACCUGCAUUCCCUGCACAUCAUCUACAGAGAUCUCAAGCCAGAAAACAUCCUGCUGGACUGUCAGGGCCACAUCGUGCUGACCGACUUUGGGCUGUGCAAAGAGGGGGUCGACCCCAACAGCACCACGUCCACGUUCUGUGGGACCCCCGAGUAUCUAGCCCCUGAAGUCCUGCGGAAGCAAGCCUAUGACCGGACAGUGGACUGGUGGUGCUUGGGCUCAGUGCUUUAUGAGAUGAUGUAUGGACUGCCUCCCUUCUACAGCCGGAACACAGCAGAGAUGUACAAUAACAUCCUGCACAAGGAUCUGGUGCUCAAACCCAACGUGUCCAACGCCGGGUGCGAGCUGCUCCAGGGGCUGCUGCAGAAGGACCGCAAACACAGGCUGGGGGCCAGGGACGACUUCCUGGAACUCAAGUCUCACGCCUUCUUUUCCCCGAUAAACUGGGAUGACCUCACAGCAAAGAAAAUCACCCCUCCUUUUAUACCCUCCUUGGCAAGCCCCGUUGAUCUCCAGUACUUUGACACCGAGUUCACCCAGCUGCCCAUCACCAACUCCCUGCAGAACUCGGACAGCGUCCUGGUGACCAGCAGUGUCCGAGAGGCGGCCGGAGCAUUCCCCGGCUUCUCCUACGGGCCUCCCGCUGACGACGCCUUCUUGUAGCGUCGGCGUGAGCCUCGCCAGCCGGCCUCCCUCCCUCUCCACACAAGAGCACUGACGACUGAACCCGACGGGUCGGUCACGAGCAUCCCAAACCAAGAGCUCCUCUCACGACGUGUGCAAGACGAAGGGUGAAACCUGCUGUCAGCGGACAGCAUGGAGGGGCACGCUGCAAACAGAGCAAGAUCCAUCUCGCUGGGAAGUUAGAGAAAUAGGUUAGCAGGCGUUGUUUGUCCUGUAUACCCUUCGGAUACAUGAGUGUGCAGCGUGGUUACUGGGGCUGCCAGCGUAUCGUUUAAAAGCAGACAGACAUUUAACCCCUCUGCGACAUCUUAACUGCUUUUGACCCCUGGAGGACAACUGAUAGGAAUGCCAUCUCCCCCUGUCUUAGGGGUUGAAGGAUAGGGGCAUUAGCUAUUGGAAGUAGUGGGGGUUGUUUGUGUAGAUUUAUAUCUGUGUUAGAGCAAUCAUUUAUAUAUAAAGAUAUAUUUUUAUACAAAUGUACUGUAUCUCCCAUUUUGACUGACCCUAUCUAACCUAAGUAUUUCUGUGUGGUGCACUGAUCCCUUAGUGUCUAGGGGGGUUGUGAGCUAUGAUCCUAGCUCUGUAGUAUAUUACUCCUCCUUUUUUCAUAAGAAUUUAUGUAACCAAUACAUGUUUUAAAGUUAUAUUCUCCACUGCUUGCAUUUCACUGUAGGCUAUGAGACACGCCAAUUGUUUGGGGAAUAUUGUAAACUAAUUGCACAGAAAUGGUAUAUGCUGGCUUGCUUUGCAGAGGCAAGAUAUAUUAUAAUGACAAGGUUGAUAACUAGGCCGGCACUUAUCAUUAAUAGGUGUUGUGACCAGCUUUAUCGAUCAAGGGGUGUGGUUUUAACUUUGGAGGCGGUAACUGACACAGGGAUCAGAUCUGAUGGUCUUCAUCGUUCUCAGUAAAGCACAGUGGAGAAUAUAUCCAUUGAGAAAGGAUCUUAGUUUCAGUUGCAUUGUUUCUAGACGUAAGGUGGGCUUUAGGAUCAGGAAAGGAUAACCUGAGGAGAGCUUGAAAAAAUAUCACUUUUCGGAAAAGGGACGUUGUGGUAUCUGUCCAGCAGGUGGCGACACAGGCCUUUUAAAACACAAAAUACAAUCCAACUAGGCCAUGGCGCUCUGCAAUCCUGAAUGGGAUAUUCCAUUCUGCAUGGGCUUUUACAGCUCAGCAUUAUGGCACUUGGUGGUCUUGACUAAAGAAUCUUGGGACCGAGACAGUGCUAUAAAUAGCAGGGUUCAGUGACCAUACUGUCCUUCCAGGUAUCUUCCACCAGCACUUAACUACAAACGCAGCCCCACUGCCUGAUACUGUAUAACACUGUUUAUUUAUUGGCUUGGAUUUUCAAGCAGAUGGAAUUGACUCCAAUGUGAUUUUACAUGAAGAUUGCUGUGGGGAAUCCAUGCUGAAUUUAUCAGGAUCCCCAACUGCAAGUGUUUUGAGAUGGGUUGAUUGAGUCAUUGUAUUUAUACAGUUAUGCAUCGUGUAAAUAUGAAAGAUUAUAUGUGACAACAAUCUCUUUUGUAAAACAUGCAUGUUAAAAUCUUGUGAUGUGAAAAAGGGUCAAACCUGUUUUUUUUAUUUUCUUGCUGUAUGUUUUUUUGUUUUUCUGCGGUCUGCAUCACCGCUGGUUUUCGUUUUUCCUGCCACUUCCAUGUAUUCCUGUCUUCUAUAAUGAAUGCUGCUUGGCAUCGCAGUCUCUGUCUUUAGUUCAGUGCAGACUAAGGGUCUGAUUCAAUUAACGACCCAAACAGAAAAAUGAUUGACAGAUAUGAGUUUAAUCUUGGCGCAUUAUUCCUCAACAUUGCCAGCAAUGGCAACCCUAUGGAUUGGGAACAAAUAUUACACAGUAAUCUGAUACAGAAGUGAUAAAUCACCUUCUGAAAAACUGCAACCAUAAACCCAGGCAUUCUGGAACAAAAUCCACGUCAGCACUGAAGACAAGAAUAUAACCACUGAGUUACCAAAUAAAACCCCCUUUUAUACUGCCUAUUUGUUUACUCUCUGCCUGUUUACCCAAAUGAUACAUUAUAUUAACUAGGCAGUAAUUAUCAGUCAUUUUUGACUGUAGAUAUAAUCAACGCUUAUUUCAUUUUAUUAACCUAAACUGGCCCUAACCAUACCUUGAAUAUAAUCAAUACUAAUCAAUCACUAAAUCAUAUUAAUUACUGCCUGGUUAAUAAAUACAGAUUGUAACUGCUUUAUUGUAGAAUUGGAAGACAGGGCUAGUAUUUCGCCUCACUAAUUUGUGGCGCUUGAAUUCUGGCAAUUGGUUAAAAUGUAUAAAUAUUUAAGACCUGAGCCUAGCCUUCAGGGUGGGUAAAGUCCAGCAGCAUGGAUGGAAAUGUACUUGUCAUUGAAGCGUGCACACUGUCCCUGCUGAGAGUGUUGCACAGCAAUGCUGUCAUGCUGUGAUCCCUCUUCGGUGCACGCUGACAAGAACAGAUUCACUGUUUUUGACAAAACUGAAACAGCACAGUACAGAUCUCUUAAACUCUCCACAAGAGUAGCAGCGACAUUCGUCAUUUUCCACAGCAAAGCUUCCACUAGAUAUUGCAACACGCGAUAGAGCUCAGGUAUGCUGCCAUUUCUUCCAUAUGUGGAAGUCUUUAACUAGUCAUGUAUAUUUAUUUACAUUUGUUGUAAGCAUAAGGUAUUUUCCUAAAAAAAAAUGCAAUAUCAAAUCAGGAUUAAAAAGUUCUGUAUCAAAUUUAAUAAUAAAUGAUUACGAUGGA